CCUUGUUAGAUGCGCCGAUGCACUGCUACCAACCAGCACAGUCGAGCAUGACUGGAUCUGGGAUUUCAAGCAUUAGCAUUGAUCAUCAGGCAUUGUUCUUGAUUAUCGCCAUGAAGGACAUAAUUUUGGAAUGUAUAUUUUUGGAAUUGCAGUCAGUUUUUCUCCUAUCCUGCAUCUCUGCCGGUUGAAACAUUUUAAUAAGUGUUGUAAUGCAAAUAAAAAAUUAGCUACGUUUUCUGUGCUUUUUGAUCAUGCUAGAAGGGUGACCAGAGUUGUGUUCAAAUCCCUAAUGGUGACCGGAACAUCAACUGAACAUUCACUGAAAGCGCACCAUUGGUGGUAGGCUGUACUGUGUUGGUGUGGUGUAGCCUACUGCAGGGUUCACCAACUGGUGUCUGUCUGUCUGAUCUAUGCCUGAGGCCUACAUCCUGUAAAGAACCAAGCAGACCUACACCGAGAAGAACGGCAGACUGUUGUAAUCCUUGGCCGGUAUUCACUUUACAUUUCACGCUUUACUGCUGUGCCUCUGUUUCCCCUGCCACAUUUGUACUACAACAUAACACAGCCUGUUGUGUACACAGAGGCAUGUGACUGUAGAAAGGCCCUUGUGUCAAUUUUAUGGGGAACUGUUAUCGGAGAUUGUGAAAUGAGAUUAGAGGAAGACAACCUCAGACUUGUAAGUAAACAUUCUCCUUUAAACCGGAAUGGCCCUUUUUGAAGGAAGUCUUUAGAUUGUGAAUGAACCAUUGUUCUAAGACUUAACCUCCAUGACCAGUCAGUGAUUCAUUAAAAGGAAACGUAGAGCCCUGGCUCAGAAUCUACCCCCUGUGUUCAAUCUGCCAUUGAAAGUCUGCAACUGCACUUCCAUUUUGGCUCUGAGCUGCAGGUUUACCCACAGUGCUCUGGUGGUGAGGGGGUAAAGGGAGUAAAGACGAUUUAGUCAUCUGAUUUAUUACGGUGCUGUGUGUGUACACGGGUCAGUAUUUUUUUUUUCACUGUGUCUGACUCUGGUUGAGAAGCAGCAGGCAGCCAACGGAUGGAUGGAUGGAUGGAUGGAUGGACGGAUGGGGUUUUCCCCGGUGUGCCACAACUACCAGAUCUAACUACGUCAUGUCUAACGGGGGAGGGGUGGUGAGCAGCACCACCCACCUGCUGGACUUCCUGGAGGAGCCCAUCCCGGGGGUCGGAACCUACGAUGACUUCCACACCAUCGACUGGGUCCGGGAGAAGUGCAAGGACCGCGAACGCCACCGCAAGAUCAACGCUAAGAAGAAGGAGUCUGCGUGGGAGUUCACCAAGAGCCUGUAUGAUGCCUGGUCUGGAUGGCUGGUAGUGACGUUGACAGGACUGGCCUCAGGUGCCCUGGCGGGUCUGAUCGACAUCUCUGCUGAUUGGCUGAACGACAUCAAGGAGGGGGUGUGUCUGAAUGCCAUGUGGUUUAACCACGAGCAGUGCUGCUGGGGCUCCAACGAGACCACGUUCGCUGAGAGGGACAAGUGUCCUCAGUGGAAGAGCUGGGCGGGGCUCAUCCUGGGCCAGGAAGAGGGCCCUGGUUCCUACAUCAUGAACUACUUCAUGUACAUCUACUGGGCUUUGUCCUUCGCCUUGCUGGCUGUGUUACUGGUUAAGGUGUUCGCCCCCUACGCCUGUGGCUCAGGCAUACCUGAGAUAAAGACCAUCCUGAGUGGGUUCAUCAUCCGGGGUUACCUGGGGAAGUGGACCCUGCUGAUCAAGACGGUGACCCUGGUCCUGGCUGUGGCAUCUGGGCUGAGCCUGGGGAAAGAGGGACCCCUGGUCCACGUGGCCUGCUGCUGUGGAAACAUCUUCUCAUACCUCUUCCCCAAGUACAGCAAGAACGAGGCCAAGAAGAGAGAGGUCCUAUCUGCAGCAUCAGCGGCUGGGGUGUCUGUGGCUUUCGGUGCUCCCAUAGGAGGAGUACUGUUCAGCUUGGAGGAGGUGAGCUACUACUUCCCUCUGAAGACCCUGUGGCGCUCCUUCUUCGCUGCGCUGGUGGCAGCCUUCGUCCUCCGCUCCAUCAACCCGUUUGGCAACAGCCGUCUGGUCCUGUUCUACGUGGAGUACCACACCCCCUGGUACCUGUUUGAGCUUAUCCCCUUCAUCCUGCUGGGGGUGUUUGGAGGCCUCUGGGGGGCCUUCUUCAUCAAGGCCAACAUCGCCUGGUGCCGAAGGAGGAAGUCCACCCGCUUCGGGAAAUACCCCGUCCUGGAGGUCAUCUUCGUGGCAGCCAUUACCGCCGUGGUGGCGUUCCCCAACCCGUACACGCGGCAGAACACCAGCGAGCUGAUUAAGGAGUUGUUCACUGACUGUGGGCCGCUGGAGUCGUCCCAGCUGUGCCAGUACAGGAGUCAGAUGAAUGGUAGUAAGGCGUUUGUGGAUGCGUCGCCUAACAAGCCGGCGGGGUCCGGGGUGUACACAGCCAUGUGGCAGCUGUGCCUGGCGCUCGUCUUCAAGAUCAUCAUGACAAUAUUCACCUUCGGACUCAAGGUUCCAGCAGGCCUAUUCAUCCCCAGUAUGGCCAUCGGAGCGAUCGCCGGGCGGAUUGUUGGCAUCGCCGUGGAGCAGCUGGCGUACUACCACCACGAUUGGUUAGUGUUCAGGGAGUGGUGUGAGGUAGGCACCGACUGCAUCACCCCGGGACUCUAUGCCAUGGUGGGGGCCGCUGCAUGUCUGGGUGGCGUGACGAGGAUGACCGUGUCUCUCGUGGUUAUUGUGUUUGAGCUGACUGGCGGUCUGGAAUACAUUGUGCCCCUCAUGGCGGCCGUCAUGACCAGCAAGUGGGUGGGCGACGCCUUUGGGCGUGAGGGCAUCUACGAGUCACACAUCCGCCUCAACGGUUAUCCUUUCCUGGAUGCCAAGUCAGAGUUCACACAUACCACGCUGGCGCGGGAGGUGAUGCGCCCGCAGCGUAGUGAUCCGCCGUUAGCGGUUCUGACGCAGGACGACCUGACGGUGGAGGAACUCCAGGUGAUCAUCAACGAGACCAGCUACAAUGGCUUCCCUGUCAUCGUCUCCAAGGAGUCUCAGAGACUGGUGGGCUUCGCCCUGCGCAGGGACAUCACCAUCGCUAUAGAAAACGCACGGCGAAAGCAGGAGGGUAUCCUGCUGACCUCGCGGGUCUACUUCACGCAGCACGCCCCCACCCUGCCCGCCGACAGCCCGCGGCCCCUCAAGCUGCGCUCCAUCUUGGACAUGAGCCCCUUCACCGUCACUGACCACACGCCCAUGGAGAUAGUGGUGGACAUCUUCCGCAAGCUGGGCCUCCGCCAGUGUCUGGUGACACACAACGGGAUUGUAUUGGGCAUCAUCACUAAGAAGAAUAUAUUAGCGCAUCUGGAGGAGCUCAAGGAACACACGGAGCCCCUGGCGUCUCCUUGGUAUUAUCACAAAAAAAGAUAUCCUUCGUCAUAUGGCCCAGUUGACCAACCAAGACCCAGACAACAUCAUGUUCAACUAGUCACCUCCUUCCCAGGUCGUCACGACGAUGAGGAGGAGAGCGAGGAGGAGGUGGUGCACCUACUGGAGGGUCGAGGCUCCGCUCUAUGACACACAGCCCCCCCCCCGACCCUCACACCCCAUGGAACCCAGUCCCUAACCAGACUGACAGAGCCCUAGUGGCCACAGGAAGGAAGAGACAGACAGACUAAAGGGACAUUAAAUGGCUGUUUUGAAGGAUGUUCCGGCCACAAAGUCGCAGCUACUACGGACUGGGACAUAUAUACCCAAAGAACGCACUUUUAACACACACACACACACACACACCACGCUCACACUCAUACAAACACAGAUGCCACACAAGAGCACACACUUGACCAAUUGGACCUCCUACGCACACACACCCUUCAUGCUCCCCCACCCUUGUCCUAUUCCUAUUGGUUUAUACUAGCAGACAUUGCUGUGAGCCUGAUGCCUGGCUGACAGGGUGGGAGGUCAGAAUGAUCCUCUAGGACGCAAGGAGGGACCUUCAGACACGCCGAUUGGCUGUCUGCCAGACGCCCUGCCAGGCUCCGACCCCACUGUGUCUUUCCCUCACACCCCGUCCAUCCUCGAAAUAAUUGUUUACCUGUGAACUGUGUGUGAGAGCAAUCAAGAGUGCUUGUGUAUGUGUGUCACGAGCACCUCAACAUUCCAUUCAGGUUGUUAUAGUAACCCCCCUAAAGACGACCGCUGUCUUGAUAUUAGACUGGGCCUCGAUCCAAGGGAGAUUUGCUUUAAUGUGUGAGUAGGAGAGAGAGCUAGAGGGUUGUCAAGGAUACAAGCAGGAUGUACUGUAGUAGUUGGUUCAUGUCUGAGUGUAUGGAUGUGUGUUGUAGUUCAGUACGUGAAAACAGAAGAGUCUGAUACUCAUCAGUUACAUACUCCCUGUUGAACUAAAGAACUGUGUGAGCAUGUCCCAUGAGGAUGGAGACCUAGCAACUGACAGGGAAGGUGGGCAGAGUUCGUAAAAGAAAAUAUUAAAAGGUUGAGUUAUUCUGUUGCUCUAACUGGAGAAAACUUUUUUUUUUUUUACUAUUGCUACUACUUUUAGUAUUUAUCUACAUAAUCAAGUAACGAGACAAUGUCAAGACUGGAAAACUGCACUUUUUUUCUUUCCAAGUGAACAAAAUAAAUUAUGAUGAUGAUGGGAAUACUGCACAGUAACCGUGUCUUGACGAUUUUGCUUAAUUAAGCUGUUUCAUGGUGUGAGAAAUGUUUCUUGCAACACUCCUCUGCCCAGUCGGCAACAAGAACAAUUCAACACGCAUUGUUCUUUGCAUGUCAGUUUAAACCAAUAUAAACCAUUUUAAAUCUA